AUGAUCGGUCUCCAAUUCACCGCGACGCGCACACAAAUCGCAUCGUACCUCUUUGGCGUCGCGCUCUUCAGCAUCAGCUUCCUUGUCUUUCUCAAUAGCUCUAUAUCCUUUGUUAUCACACAGCGCAUUGGCCAGUCGCGGAAUGUCGGAGAUGCGGUCGGUACGCUGGGGUUUGUGGAUGAGUUGGUGGCGCUUGUUGCGUGUCCAGCAUGGGGUCUGCUGAGUGAUAGGGUGGGUGUGAGGAGUGUUGCGGUGAUGGGGUAUAGUAUUGUGGGUGUCGCGUUGUGGGUUCUCGUGCAGGCGAAGAAUGUUUAUCCGCAAUUGUUGCUUGCGAGGGUGCUGUUUAGCCUGGGCGGAAGCGCGACUGCGACUAUGGUCACCGCGAUUCUGCCCUCGAUGACUAUUGUCAAAGAAGUCAAAUCUGACCCGCGAUCGCCGACACAAAGUCGUGGUAGAUCGCAUGCGCCGGCUGCUUCGAUAUCGUCCGAACUUACUAUCACGCCCGCGCGCUUCCGCUCGAACUCUCCGGAGGACCAUACACAAGAGACGCCCGCGAAGAAGGACUCGGGCGCAUCUACGUCACAACUUGCCGGGUUGGUGGGUAUGUUUACAGGGUGCGGCGCCUUAGUCGCACUGUUCGUCUUCCUACCUCUGCCAACACAAUUCCAAAACGCCGGCGAGCGUCCUGCGACAGCUGUGGCAGAUGCUUUCUACGUUGUAGGAACUAUCGCUUUUCUUGUGGCACUCGGCUGCUUCUUCGGUUUGCGCCAGUUACCUGGCGAAGAAGCGAAAGGCUGGAAACGCCUUACUAGCAAAGGCGACUACAAAGAUGUAGACAGUCAUCUGACACGCGACGUCGUGCUAUCCUACCCACGCCUCUUCCUAGAAAGUGUCCGUCUAGGUUUCACUUCCCCAAAUAUUGGACUUGGCUACGUAGGCGGUUUCGUUGCGCGCGCAUCUUCAGUUGCUAUAUCGCUCUUCAUCCCUCUGUUCACGAACCACUACUUUCUACAGACCGGCCGCUGCAAAGUCGACUCCAACAUCCCCUCUGACAUCAAAGUCGCUUGUCCAGAAGCCUACAAACUUGCAGCCAUGUUAACAGGCAUCAGUCAGCUCGUAGCACUUAUGUCCGCACCCCUCUUUGGCUACCUCUCCGGUCGAUUCCCUCGCUACAACAUCCCCUUGCUGGUAGCAGCUGUAUCUGGAAUAGUAGGCUACUCUGCAUUCGGAUCGCUUACGAGCCCAGACUAUAAGAGCGAAGACGGCACAAGUGCGAUCUUCUUCAUCGUAGCGCUACUAGGCAUCAGCCAAAUCGGCGCUAUCGUCUGCUCCCUCGCUUUACUUGGCCGUGGUAUCAACAACGAUGAGCACGCCUCCACAUCCACUUCAGCAUCUGUAUCAGUGAACGGAACGACGUCCCAUCCAUCUGCAGGCGCUACACCACCACAUAGCGCACCCAUCACCCCCUUGGACGAAAACGCCCCUUUGCUUCCAGAGCACAUACAUUCCUCUCGCUCAGGCUCCGCGUCAAGACGAACAACAUCGCAUAACCAUAUCAAAGGCUCAAUAGCAGGGACCUAUAGUCUGCUGGGUGGCUUUGGUAUCCUGCUAUUGACUAAAGCGGGUGGUGCACUGUUUGAUAGUAGGGGGCCCGGUGCGCCGUUCUACAUGAUGGCAGGGUUUAAUGUACUGCUUCUUGUGGUUACGGUGAUUGUUAGUGGGUUGCAGGGUGUGAGGAGGUGGAGGACGGUGGUGUGGGGGCCCUAG